AUGCAUCCGACCGAGCCGCCAACCUCCAACGAGAGACCGAAAUUAAAGGCCAUGCUCCCCGUUGACAAGUGCCCGCGGCAUUACGCCCCGAGAGCCCGUCGAGGUGUGGCUACAGCUGCGCUCAGCAGAUUUGAACCAGACACGCGGGUUGACUUUACCAAGUUCACCAGCAGGAUCGGGUCACUGCGCGAACGGCUGAAGCGACCAUUGACGUACGCGGAGAAAGUCCUGUACAGCCACCUCGACGAUGAAUUCGACGCCCACAUCGUCCGCGGCCAGACGCAGCUACGCCUCCGACCGGUCCGCAUCGCCUGUCAAGACGCGACUGCCCAGAUGGCCCUCAUCCAAUUCAUGUCCGCCGGUCUGGACACGGCCGCAGUUCCUACCACCGUCCAUUGCGAUCAUCUAAUUGUCAGCCGGGAUGGGGAAGCGUCUGAUCUCCCGCGGGCGCUAGAGGCCCAUCGAGAAGUCUACGACUUCAUGGAAAGCGCGUGUCAAAAAUAUAAAAUGGGGUUUUGGAAACCGGGGGCAGGCAUCAUUCACCAGAUUGUGUUGGAGAACUACGCAUACCCGGCCGGGAUGAUGGUGGGCACGGACUCGCAUACACCCAAUGCCGGCGGGAUGGGCAUGAUCGCUAUAGGAGUUGGAGGAGCAGAUGCCGUGGAUGUUAUGGCGGGUCUGCCGCUCGAAUUGACUGCGCCGAGAAUACUAGGUGUUCGACUCCAUGGAGCUUUAUCGGGCUGGGCGUCGCCGAAAGACGUGAUAAACAAGCUUGCGGGAAUGAUUUCGGUCAAGGGAGGCACUGGAUCGAUCAUUGAGUACUUUGGGCCGGGAACAAAGGCUCUUUCCGCUACCGGGAUGGCCACAAUCUGCAAUAUGGGAGCUGAAACCGGCGCAACCACGUCCAUCUUUCCCUACAACGCGUCGAUGACCGAGUAUCUACGAGCAAAUCGACGACCGGAUAUGGCGGCUGCGGUUGGACGAAUUGCGCACGAGCUCAAGGCUGAUGAAGGUGCUGAGUAUGAUCAGGUCAUUGAUAUUGAUCUCUCCUCGCUCGAGCCGCUUAUCAACGGGCCAUUCACGCCUGAUCUGUCCACGCCAAUGUCCGAGUUCGGGUCGGCAGUCAAGGAGAAUAAGUGGCCAGCAAACCUGACCGCGGGUCUGAUUGGAUCUUGCACCAACUCUUCUUUCCAGGAUCUCAGUCGUGCGGCGAGCCUCGCUGAGCAGGCAUUGGAUGCCGGCAUUAAGCCUCAAAUGCCGUUGUUGCUGUCGCCUGGCAGCUUGCAGACCCGCGAUACGUUGGAAAAGGCCGGCAUAAUGCAGGUGUUCGAGAGGGCUGGGGCCACUAUGUUGCCGAACGCGUGUGGACCUUGCUGCGGCUCGUGGGAUCGUACCGAUAUGCAGAAGGGAACCAAGAACUCCAUCAUCACCUCCUACAAUCGUAACUUCUCCGGACGCCUGGACUCAAACCCGGCCACGAACAUCUUCCUUGCCUCCCCUGAAGUGGUCAUGGCCAAAGUGUUCUCCCCAGACCUAAGCUUCAACCCUACCCAGGACACCCUUACAACGCCAUCCGGCGAGGAAUUCCAGUUCCAGCCACCAAAGGGCGACGCCCUUCCCAGCCAAGGCUAUGAGGAUUCAGACCGAGCAUACGUCCGCCCUCCAGCGGAAGCCAUCGAUCGCUCCAAGCUCGAAGUCAACAUCAGCCCCCAGUCUCAGCGCCUGCAGAGGCUCUCCCCUUUCGAACCCUGGAACGGCCAAGACUUCAGGGACUGCUUGGUCCUAAUCAAAACAACAGGAAAAUGCACAACCGACCACAUCACGCCAGCCGGCCCGUGGUUCCGCUACCGCGGCCACCUGGAGAACAUCUCCAAUAAUACACUCAUAGGCGCGGUGAAUGCGGAAACCGGCAACGUCAAUCAAGUCCGUAAUCAGCUUACUGAAAAAGACGGCGACGUUCCGGGCACCGCACGCUACUACCAGUCGCAGGGCCGGCCGUGGGUCGUGGUCGCAGACCACAACUACGGCGAGGGAUCCUCGCGCGAGCAUGCAGCGCUGCAACCGCGGUACCUAGGCGGCGUAGCAAUCAUCGCGAAGAGCUUUGCGCGUAUCCACGAGGCGAACCUCAAGAAGCAGGGGAUGUUGGCUCUAACCUUUGCAGACGAGGCCGAUUACGAUCGCGUUAGGGCUUCGGAUCGGAUUAGCAUUAUCGGAUUAACGGCUUUCGCGCCGGGGAGGCCGUUGGCUAUGAGGGUGCAGACAGAUGCAGGGCCAGUUUGGGAGGCGUCGUUGAAGCAUUCGUUUACGCAGGAGCAGAUUGGGUACUUCAAGGCGGGCAGUGCGUUGAAUCUGAUGGCCAGGGAGGGUGGUAGUAGUUAG